GAUUAGGAUCAUGUGGGCCCACUCCUCCUACUUCAUAGAGGCUUAAAAACAAGAGUUGGGUACACACCCUUAACCAGGGGUGAGGAACACUGCAGUCCAGAGGAUAACCGGCUUGCUGACAGAGUGCAGGAAAUAUUUGUGACUCAGUGGUCAUGUUGAGUGUCGUGAUCUUCUGCUGGUUGAGUCUCAGCGCCGUCCGGGUGGCAUCAGGUCUCGUCCGCACUAACCGCAUGGAAGUCUCGCAUCCGAGCCUGAGGAGGACAGAUACCUCGUUUUUCCCUGACAUCGCCGUGCAAGAUUCAGGUCCCGCAGUGGACGCAGUACAACUUCGAAUCGAUUCAGUCGAGGAACAGCUGAUGGUGGAUCCUGCUUCCUACGAUGAGUUUCCACAGGACAUGGCAGACGCAGUACAGCUCCAGAGGAGAGGCACACGUUCACCAGGCCGCUGUAUCCCACACCAACAGUCAUGCCUGGGCCACCAGCUGCCCUGCUGCGAUUCAUGCGAUACAUGCUACUGCCGCUUUUUCAAAGCCUUCUGUUACUGCCGCAGCAUGGACCACACCUGCAAACACAGACGCGCCUAGCACCCGCAGCACCGCCCCUGCAGCAGGUUGGGUUAAAGAUGAUACACGAGAGUGAAAAUAAAACCUUAAACCAAUGCACAUUUAUCAGUAUGCACAAGAAUCCAUGAUGGUACUGCUUUACAUUAAAGUGCCCUGAACUAACCAUAAACAAACCAUAAACUCAACACUCUCAUAUUAUUAUGAACCAGCGUGUGCACCUACACACCCAAAGUUAUUAAUUAUAAAUUAUUAAUUACCAGGUGAUAACCAACAUUUAGACAGCCAGUUGCAUUCGUUUGUACAUUAUGUUAAUUAGUUCGUUCGUUAGUGUUCAUUAAAGUGAAUGAUUUAUUAUAAUGUAAAAGAAACCAUGAUAUGAAUCGUAACAUUCAUGAUAAAAAUUCAUUCAUUCAUUCUGCAAAGAGUCCUGCAAAGACAUUAUUUUUUUCUUCACACUUAAUUAGUCUCGCCAAUCGUUUAUUAUUGUGUUUACUGUUGCAGAGAUACAAAUUUAUAAAACCUCACAGGCAUAAACUCAGAGCAGACAACAAUGACCGUGUAUUGUUGUAAUUGUUUAUACGUGUACAAAUAUAUGCGAAAAAUGGUGUUGUUUUUUUUAUUUUAUUGAAACUAUAGCAAACCGGUAUGCAGAAAUGUGUUAUAUUAUUUAUAGUGUUAUAAAACCUAUGGAAUUGUGUGUCAUUAAUAAAUAAUAGGCAAAGCA